CCAGAAGACUGUGGAGAGGCUUUAAACUUGGAGAAAACGUGAGCGAGAACGGAUUUCUGACCAUGGCGCUCUCCCACUUCGACUGCAUUGUGGUUGGAGCAGGAAUUCAGGGUUCCUUCGCGGCUUAUCACCUUGCGAAAAGUAACAAGCAAGUGCUCCUCCUUGAACAGUUUGUUCUCCCCCACUCUCGGGGAAGUUCACACGGACAGACACGCAUCAUUCGGAAGGCCUACGAGCAAGAGUUCUACACACGCAUGAUGGAGGAGAGCUACCAGCUGUGGGAACAGCUGGAAAAAGAAGCCAAUGUGCAAUUGUACAGGCGCACGGGGCUUCUGGUCAUGGGCCAGGAGGAGGGGCCUGAUUUUCAGAUGUAUAAAAAGACACUGCUGCAGAAUGGGGUGCCCACUGAGAUCCUGGACCCGGUCCAGUUUGCCCAGCGCUUCCCCAGUGUGAAGAGAAUCAGUGGUGACGGGGCUCUCAUUGACAAGACCGCUGGUGUGCUGUUUGCUGACCGGGCGCUCAGGGCUGUGCAGGCGGUGUUCCAGCGUCUAGGAGGAGUGAUUCGGGAUGGGGAGAAAGUUCUCGACAUCCGGCCUGGGUCUCUGGUCACCGUGACAACAGGCCGCGGGACAUACAGUGCGAAGAGCUUGGUGAUCACUGCGGGCCCGUGGACCAACACCAUGCUGAGCCUCACUGGGCUGCAGCUCCCCCUACAGGUGAGGAGAAUCAACGUGUGCUACUGGAGAGAAAAGGUGCCGGGCACCUAUGGGAUCAGCAGCCAGUUUCCGUGCUUCAUUGGGGUGAAGUCGCAUGGAGCCAAACAUGAUAUUUACGGUCUUCCAUCCAAUGAGUAUCCAGGUCUGAUGAAGAUUUGCUAUCACAGCGGCAGCAAGACCGACGCCGACCAGAGGGACAUACAGACAUCCCGGGAGGACAUUGACAUCCUGUCCCGAUACGUGUCCCGCUGUUUCCCAGGCCUGGUGUCCACGCCUGCCAUCGUGGAGAGCUGUUUGUAUACGGUCACUCCCGACUCUCAUUUUGUCCUGGAUCGCCAUCCCUCACAUUGCAACAUCGUCAUUGGCGCGGGCUUCUCAGGUCACGGAUUCAAGUUCGGUCCAGUUGUUGGAAAAACCCUCUGUGAACUCAGCCUGAAUAAGACGCCCUCCCAUGACCUUUCACCUUUCCAGAUCCAGCGCUUCCAGCCCCAAGUCAAAUCGUCCUUAUAAGUUACAAACCUCUGCUCCACCUCUGCAGGAAGAGGUCUGAUGAAACAAUGGACUGGGAAACUAUGGAUUUAUAAUAAAUUUAAGCUUUUAAAAAAUGCAGAAAAAAAACCCAUUCCAGAAACCAGCUGGGCCUCUAACCAGGAGAUGCCUGGAUGGAACCCUGAUUGGGCAGUUACAAUCCUGGUACUAGUAUGACAUACAGUAUCACAUUAUCCAGUGAAAAGCAUGGUGAAACCUGAAGUGAUAGCGAAAACACAGUUAAGUGCAGAAAUACACUGUGAAAGCAAGGUACUGUAGAUGUUCAGCAAAGGCAAAGCAGAAAAAAAUACAAUGGUUCAGAAUUGUCGUGGUAUUCCUUUCCAACUGUCCCCAUCCAUAGUACAGAAAAGUCCGAACACCGAAUGACCCUGUGGAAGGUCACAAGGAGCUGUCCUGCCCUACACUCAGCAAACGGGCUGAGCCAUACUCAUUUCACAGGAUAACUGUGGGAAGAAGAAACUGGAAGGCACACUGGAGUGUCUAUGAGGACAGAAGAGUUCCCCAAGGCCACUGCAGGCUGCAGCAGACCACCGUGAGGAAAGGCACGUGCACGUUGCAAACAGAAGUAACGAAAACCCCAAGAUAAGGAGUUGUUCUGAAUUUCUGUUCAAUUCAUGCGAAGUCCCUUUUGAAAGGAGCAGGCGUUAUCAUAACUCGAGGGCUAGUGCCUCUGCUGGACUCCCACACGUGGUCCGACAUGCAGGAAGAACCACAAAGCCUUUAUAUUAUCAGUCGAAUUAUCAAUGCAUCUCAUUCCCACUAAAAAAAGUAGAAAUUACGCUCUAGUUUGUUAUUUCGUGUGUUCCCCACAGUCACACACACACACACACACACACAUUCGUCUUACCUCUCUCUGUUGAGAAGCUCUUUCACCGAGUAAGCAGGUUGUUAAAAAGUCAUCAGCUCUGGAGCCAUUCAUCUUUGAAAGCCGACUGCAAGCACAGUUGUUUGUUGGUACCUUUUCCCAUUGUAAACAUUUUAAUCACUAAUCAUCCAGGCUGUUAGGACGAAGCACGACCGCAGACAUCAGCUCAAAUGGGAAAAUUAUACAGCCUUCCUCCAGGAGCUCGCUGGGGCUAUUCAUUUUCCAGCUGUAAGUGAAUUUGUAUUGAUAGAACAAGAAAAUGGCAGAAUUAAAAGGCCAUUAAACAUGCAAAGCAAAAUUCAUCUUCUGAAAAAGCCGAAGUCCCAAUGAAAGGCACUGGCCUGCAGAUCUGCUGUCCAGGUUUUCACCUGGUGCUUUAAUCGGAUUUGUCUUUCAUUUCCAUUGCCGUCCCAUGGUAUGGAGAUACACAAGUUGUGAACAGUUCUUCUCGCAGCAUGCCUUGGGAUAUACUCUACAGCAUGUGUGUUAGCAUCAUCACUAGUAGUAGUAUUAUAUAAGAAGUGGGAUGAAACAUGGAUAUCUUUAUAUUUAUUUGGUAUCCUGAGGACAAAUGGGAAACACUUGAGAGUUAAAUACUGCAAAGCCACAGUAAGCCUAGAAACUGAUGAGAAACCGCUGAUGCUGACUGUGGCAUUACAAAACAUUUCAAGAGCCCAGGAACUCAGAGAGCUCCUUAUUCCCAUGAAACUAGAUAGUUAGACCACGGGUCUAGUCCAGGAGAGACACAUCAGCAUGAGAAACCUGCCCAGUCAGUCACUUUAGAAAUAAAGGAACUGGUUUUCUGA